AUGUCAGAUGUAGAAUACCACACCUUAAUGAUCAUAGCAAUUGGAGAGUUUUCAGUGGGGAUUUUAGGAAAUGCAUUUAUUGGAUUGGUAAACUGCAUGGACUGGAUCAAGAAUAAGAAGAUUGCUCCCAUUGAUUUAAUCCUCACAUGUUUGGCCAUAUCCAGGAUUUUUCUAUUGUGUAUAAUACUUUUAGAUUGUUUUGUAUUGAUCCUGCAUCCAGAUGUCUAUGCCACUGGUAAACAAAUGAGAAUCAUUGACUUCUUCUGGACAUUAACCAACCAUGUAAGUGUCUGGUUUGCCACCUGCCUCAGCAUUUUCUAUUUCCUCAAGAUAGCUAAUUUCUUCCAUCCUCUUUUCCUCUGGAUGAAGUGGAGAAUUGACAGAGUGAUUCCUGGGAUCCUGCUGGUGUGCUUGGCAUUCUCCGUGUUUAUUAGCCUUCCUGUCACUGAGAAUUUGAAUGAUGAUUUCAGGCUUUGUGUCAAGUUCAAGCAGAAAACAAACUUAACUUUGAGAUGCAGAGAAAAUAAAGCUCAAUAUGCUUCCAUCAAGGUGUUGACGCUGAACGCGUUGGCGCUGUUCCCCUUUUCUGUGUCCCUGAUUUCAUUUCUCCUCCUGAUCCUCUCCCUUUGGAGACACAUCAAGCAGAUGCAGCUCAUUGCUACAGGGGCCAGAGACCCCAGCACAGAUGCCCACAUGGGAGCCAUGAAAGCUGUCAUCUCCUUCCUCCUACUUUUCAUUGCCUACUAUUUGUCCUUUCUUGUAGCCACCUCCAGUUACUUCAUGCCAGAGACAGAACUAGCUGUGAUAAUUGGUGAGUUGAUAGCUCUAAUCUAUCCCUCAAGCCAUUCAUUUAUAUUAAUUCUGGGGAACAAUAAACUAAGACAAGCAUCUCUAAGGGUGCUACUUAAAGUAACACAUGCACUAAAAAAAAUGAAAUGUCUAACACCGUAA